AUGUCUCUAGAAGAGGAGGUUGGCGAAUGUUCUGGUAUUUCCGUGAAUACCUCACUCAGACCACAAAGUCAAACAUUGGAUUCUACUUCGGCUGAAACACAAGCCAGAAAAUUGAUCGAUGAACUUGACGGGAAAGUGCCAAAAUUCGAAACUCUGUAUAAGUUGAAAGGACUCGUCGAGAAUCCGGACGUUACAUUGUCCAGUGAAACGCUAAUCGAAGCCCUGAAAGUAUUAUCACAGUCGACCAGAUAUGGUUGCUACGUGCACGCCUUACUUCCGGUCUUGCAAGCCAUUCUUUCCAGAUCAAAGAGGGAACCAGUUUUUGAGACAGCAUAUACGCAACUAGCAAGCUUCACCGAUUCUUAUAAUUUUACAACGGAGGAAGUCG